AUGAUAAGACAUUGGUUACGUACAAUUACACGAAUCAUGUCUGAAUCACUUAAAAGAUCAUUUCCACAAGAUCAAGAAAUAUUGGCGACUCAAACCAAUUUAAUCAAUGAUGGCAGUGGUAGUAGUAGUAAUGUUGCUAAAAAAUUGAAACCAACUCUUAUGGGAAUCAGUGAAACCAAAGCUGGUAUUACUCAAUUUAUUAAUCCUAAUAUAACUGGGUUUUCUGGAUUAUUAAAAACAUUACAUUCUGAUUUCCAAGUCAAUGAAAUUGACCCAUUAGGUAAUGUAAUUCAUUUAAUUGAUGAUGGUAUUGAUGUUGGACCAUCAAAAAGAGAAUUGAAAUUACAAGAACGAGCUAAAUUUCGUCAAGAAAUUGAAGGUAAAACUGAAGAAGAAAUCGCUGAAAUAAAAGCUACCAAACAACAAGAAAAAGAACAACAACAAAGAUCGAAAGAGGCUGACGACAAUGGUGGUGAUGGUGGUGAAUCAAAUAAACAUCCAAAAAUAUCUGAUGAAGAUCGUGAAGAAUUAUUGAAAUUUAUUACUGUUGAAGAAUUGAAACAAGUUGAACAAUUAUUUCAUAAUGGGAAAAAUUUUGAAACUGAAACUAAAUUUGAUGAUAAAGAACAACGAACCAAAUUACAUCAAUUAUUUAGAAAGGUUUUUCAAAAUAAAUUAGAAACUAUUACAUCACUGGAAAACACUUUUAAAAUUGCCAUAUCAUCAAGAAAUCGUAAUGGUGGUAGUAGACAACAACCAAGGCAAUUUCAAGAAAGUAUGCAUCAUAUUGAUGAAAAUGGAGUCAUUAAUUAUGGGUUAGGUCCUUAUAAACCAUAUUUACAUUUCACGGUUUAUAAACAAAAUCGUGACACAAUGGAAGUUGCUAAUAAUAUUGGGAAAUUAUUAAGAAUUAAUCAUAAAUUUAUAAAUUAUGCUGGUACUAAAGAUCGUCGUGGUGCCACAUGUCAAAGAUUUAGCAUCAAUCAUGGUAAAGUAUUACGAGUCAAUGCAUUAAAUAAACUGAAAAGGAAUGGAUUCACAUUAGGGUCAUUUAGUUAUGAGGAUCAUCCAUUAAAAUUAGGUGAUUUAAAAGGUAAUGAAUUCACGAUUGUUAUUAGAGAUAUAAAACCUCAUCAUCAACAACAACAACAAGAGCAACAGCCCCAGGAUCAAUCACAAUCCAUUGAAUCAAUUGUUACUUCAUGUUUUGAAAGUUUACAAAAAAAUGGAUUUAUAAAUUAUUUUGGAAUGCAAAGAUUUGGUUCAUUUAGUAUAUCAACUCAUGAAUUUGGGAAAUUUAUUUUAAAUGAAAAUUGGCAAGAAUUUGUUGAAUUGUUAUUAUCUGAUCAAGAAUCAGUUGCACCCGGUUCAAUUGAAGCUAGAAAAAUUUGGAAACAAACUAGAGAUCCUAAAUUAACUUUGAAUAAAUUACCUCAUUAUUUUGUUGCUGAAACUGCCGUUUUAAGAGUUUUACAAAAUGAAUCACCGCAACAAAAAGAUGACAACAAUACCGUUUAUUCUUCAAAUUCUUAUCUUAAAGCCAUUCAAGCAAUUCCGAAAAAUCUUCGUAUGAUGUAUGGACAUGCAUAUCAAGCAUAUAUUUGGAAUUUAGUAGCAUCAAAAAGAAUCGAAUUAUAUGGAUUAAAUUUAAUCGAAGGUGACUUAGUGUUUGAAGACCCUAUCACUAAUCCUGACAUUGUUGAUGAGGAUGUAGUUUAUCUUAAUGAAGCUAAAGUUAAAUCAUUAACAAAACAAGAUAUUGAAUCCGGUAAAUAUACUAUAUUUGAUGUGAUAUUACCAUCACCAGGUUAUAAAAUUGAAUAUCCAACAAAUCCAAUUUUAAAACAAGUUUAUAUUGAUAUUAUGGAGAAAGAUGGAUUAAAUCCAUAUAAAAUGAUUAGAAAACAAAAAGAAUUUUCUUUAACUGGUACUUAUAGAAAAUUAAUGGCAAAAGCUAAUAAUUUAUCAUUUGAACUCAUCAAAUAUAAAACUGAGGAAGGCGAAGAUGGUGAAACAGGAGAUGGAGAAAAACCAUUGAUUAGAACUGAUUUAGAAUUAUUAAAUUUGAAAAAAGAACAAGAAAAGAAAUCAUCGCAAAACUCUGUCACUACUCCAAUAGAGUUACCGGAUAGAAUUAUUAACGACGAUAAGGAAGGGGGUAAUAAAUUGGCAGUGGUUUUAAGAAUGCAAUUAGGUGUUAGUUCAUAUGCUACAAUGGCAUUAAGAGAAUUCAUGAGAAUUGAUACUUCAAGAUAUCGUGAUGGUUUAUGUAAAUAG